ACCUGGCGCAUGCCAUCGUGCACCGUCGCUAGAUUGUGCGCGUUUUACUGCAAUCUGCGCACUGUAGCAGCCGGCCAUGCAUGAUGUUGUUGCUUCCUAUAGUCCAGCCUCGCUCGGUGCAGCGGAAGCUUUGCACGCGACUUGAGAUUACUACAGUGGGUGCUGACAGUAAGCAUGUAUUCAGCUAGUUGAGGCUCCUGUCUCUGCUUUGCUUGGCCCAAGAUGCCUGCAAUGCUGGACGACCCAACUUCGCCCACCAUUUACCGCACAUCCGGCAACGGGCCUCACCUUACAGAUGGGGCUGUACUUCCGCCGGAGAUACAGCCUAGAUCCGUCACGCUUCGCGAUCGUGUUACGCAGGCCACGCUGGUACCGUUUUCCUCUGUUUUGCAGGUCCCACGCACGCUUGUCGCAUACCUGUGCAGCCAAUUGAACAAAGAAAUCGAAAAAGGAGACACGUAUCCGAUGACAGAUCCGAUGACGGUAGAUGCCUUCGGGAACUAUUGGUUUGCCAAUUUCGGUGCGGUUAUGCUGCUAGGCGACAUCCACGAGCCCUAUGAAGUUAUGCAAAUGGCGCAGAGGGGCUGCGACUGGGAGAAGGAGUGUCUCGGUAGCUUCUACAUCAAGCCAAAUUACCCUGGAAGGAGCAGCCAUGUGUGCAAUGGCGGCUUUCUUGUCACAGAUGGCUCUAGGAACAGAGGCGUUGGCCGCUUAAUGGGGGAAGGAUAUUUGGACUACGCUCCUAAGCUAGGAUACACAUACUCGGUAUUUAACCUAGUUUACGAAACAAACACGCCCUCGUGCCGCAUCUGGGAUGCUUUGGGAUUUAAGCGCAUUGGCCGUGUAAAAGGCUGCGGAAAUCUAAAAUCCUAUCCUGGCCAGCUAAUUGACGCUAUCAUUUUCGGACGUGAUCUGGGUGUUGAUGAUACCGACCUUGUAUCCGAGGAGCGCUUUGAAAGGAUCAAGUUUUAUCUCAAGCACGGUCGUUAUCCUGAUGGUGCGGAUCGUGCCGAGAAAUCUCGAUUGCGUUCAGCUUCAACACAUUACAAACUGAUUCCUGCAACGGAUACCGAACCUGAAAAGCUCGUGCUUAAAGGAAAGGAGGUCAUCUCCGAUCCGCAACGCCAAUACGACGUCGCUUGGCGCAUCCACUCAGAGCAUCAUGGAGGAAUCAAUAAGACCACGGCAACGAUAACGGAGCGUUAUCACUGGGUCCGAAUCAAGGACACGGUCACACAAGUUAUCAAAAAUUGUGCGCAUUGCAAAGAAGCGCCCCAGAGAGCUAUUGCUCCGUAUGGAAGACGGGAGCCUAACCCGAAGAAGACAACCAUCCCACCUUUCGACCGCGAGUUUAGUGUCCCGCCAGGUGAAAAGUCACUGUGGGCUCACGGAUACAACGCAGACGGUCAGCCUAUUUCAGAGCGCCAACCAGCCACACCUGGAGCUCAAGAUAAUUCCCCUGAAGUGCAGGAGUUUCAAGAACAGGACAACACGGCCGCAGACGCAACCUUCGGUACUCUUAUGACGACAGCGGACUCGAUCAUGCCGAUGUUUCCCGAAUUCCCGCAAGAUGACAACGGUGUGCCUGUGGACCCCGAGAUCAUGAACGGGAAUGCAGAUACUCCGACGAAUUUCCAUCAACUCGAACAGGAAGUGCGUCGUAUGCAACGGACACAAGUAUUCGGAUCCUCCUUGUUUGAGCCGAAGGAAACGGCAGUAAGUCUAUCACACACUCCGCACCAGAGUGUAGAAGGGGCACAAGCAGCUGCCAGAAGAAGAGCAUCGGUAAGAGCUGGUUCUGAUGCUCCAUCCGCCACCAGCCCACACUCUUCAGGACGAGCUAGUACCCAACCGCAACAGAGGCGCAUGCCCUCACAGCAACAAAGUCAAAGUCGUGAACCCACUGUUCAAGAGGCAAUCUAUGUAAGCUCUGCUGGCCCAGAAAUAAGAGAAGAGCCACAGACGCAUAGCCAGGAUAAGAGCUUGAUACCAACACCUGGCCCCAAGCGUAAACAGCAACACGAUGAUCUAAUUGGUAAUGCGGAACUUAGACGGGUCACGAGGCGGAUUGGUACAAGCAGCACUCCCCAAGCUGGACACGUCAGUGAAGAUGCUUGGAGAAGGCAGCUCAAUUCGGGAUGAGCAUAUGAUCGUGAACAAUGCUUAAGUACUAGACAGUGGAAAAGACGUUGAACUAUGACAUCGAAGAUACCCGUGGCGGUUAGAGCAGAGUAUUCCCAUUGAGAGAAGGCCUUGUCCAAAGGGAUUAGGGUCAAGACGGUGGGUAUCGUAUAUUUUGACAUGCUGGGACGUAGGUUCUUUGCAAGUCUGCGUAGCGAGCUCGACUAAUCGCAAUAUGAUACAUGUUGAGACCUCUUUUAUUCAUCGAAGCCCUAUGUUUCUUGCAUAUAAAUACCUCGAAGCUUGUUGCUAUUCAAAUAAUUCCACCAUUGCCAAGCGGGGAGGAGUUGACCAC